AUGACUCACUUUACUUUUCUGACCAUAGUUUUGUUCCUCCAUGGAAAGAUCUAUUUGGCCGUAAAAGGUAUUCCACUCCAAACUGGCAGGCUUAACAUUUCCCAGAAUCUGCAGGACUGGAGCUGCAGCAGCGGAUGUUCGCCCCCUCAGUAUUGUCCAUUGUCUCGUUGUACAAAUAUUGUAUUCCCUGAUGCAUUCAAGGGAUCCGGAACGAUUAAUGUUCACGUGACGGUAAGUCACGGUGAGAAGUUCUCACGUGUCCAUUCACCCUCGGCUACGUGGGUUCAGUCCGUUACCACACUUGGCUUUGAAGUGUGUUCGCGUGAGUCAGGUAUUGGAUCUGAUGGGACCGGAAUCAUUAACUGGCUGGCUUUCCAAGAUCAUCCAAAAAUAACGCAUGGCAGAGCUAUUUUUGAUGGCAUAUGGACAACCGAAACUAAGUGCGACAAAGUUAUCUUCUCACAGAGUUUUCCCAAAAGACCUUUCGUGUUUGUGUCAGCAAGAUACACACGCGACACAAAGCCAGAUGACGCUAUGUAUGUUUGGUUGGAAAAUGUAAGUUCCAGAAGUUUUGAGGUGUGCAUCCGGGAGUUCCUGCCCUUCAAUGGAAAACAUAAGGACACCACUGUGGACUGGUUCGCAUUUUUUGGCGCUGGCUCUGAACUCAGUUUCACGCUGUCAGGGGAAGCGUAUUUUUCAAACAAUUUCCCGCCGAAAGCAGAAGAGAAUUAUGGUUUCUGUCAAGAUGUGCGGUUCAAUACAACCUUUUAUGCUUUACCAGUUGCCCUUGUGUCUGUGCAGCAUAUAUACAACCCUCAAGUCAGCAGGAAGAGCCUCAUUUCACCGAAAAAUAACAUCAUAUCAGCCUGGGUCGAGGAAGUUAGCCUCAUAUCCAUGAAGAUUUGCGUCAAAGACUUGAGCGGAACAGGAAAGAAACACGACCCUCUUUCUGUUAGCUACGUCGUUAUUGGAGACCUCGAUCCCUGCCUAAAUGUGUUUUGCCCGUUAUUGGGGGCUUGCAAAACCUACAGUGCCCACGAGGCUAGCUGUGUGUGCAACGAAAACUGCCCGUCGUAUCAAAACCCAGUCUGCACAGAAAGUGGGACAACGUACGACAACGAAUGCUUAUACAGGUCGAGUCAGUGCAAGGGGAUGGAAAAUAACACCUUGUAUCAUCCUGGUGCCUGUGAGGGCUUUCCAAUACUUCAUGGUCGAGUAAAGCUCCUUCGAGUUUCCGAAUGUCCAGAAUCAAGUUGCGAGACAGUAGUAUUCCCACCAUACAGCUUUUAUCCAAACGCAGAAGUACAUGUACAGAUCACCCUAAAUCACAUGAGUCUGAAUGAUUCCGUGACAGUGCACCAUGCCAUCACAUCUUGGACCGAAAAAGUAAAUACGCAAAAUUUUACGAUAUGCGCAAUGCAGUCUGGGAGAAAUGGAUACAACAUCAAUCCUUUCGCUACCAUUGAUUGGAUGGCGUAUCAAGGAGCACCACCCCAGGGAACUACGGGAAGAAUCAAAAUGACAAAAUGGUGGUCGGGAACGAAUUGCGCAUAUGUGACGUUUCCAAAGAACAAGUUUCAUGAUUCGCCAUAUGUACUUGUGACGUCCAAUCACCAAAGAAGUGGGAAGGAACACGACGCUGCGUUGAUCUGGACAGAAGAUGUAACCAAGGACUCGUUCAAGGCCUGUUUGCGAGAGUUGCAAAACUUUGAUGGAAAGCAUCAAGAUAUUUAUGUGACCUGGUUGGCUUUUGCUAAGCUGCAUAAACCGUUCUUCACUGAAUAUGGGUCUGUAAACUUUCCAAACACGAAUCCACCAAGAGAUGAAGACAACAACGCCUACUGCGAGUUUGUACACUUUACACGAGGUUACAAUGCAACACCAUCUGUUCAAAUAUCAGCCACUCACAGCACAACAAUGAGUGGAAACUUGGCGCCGGUUCACAACGGUAUUUCUACGUGGAUUGAGAAUAUGAAUGUUUCUGGAUUCAGAGUAUGUAUCAAGGAAUUGCACGAGACCAGAUAUGAUCCUGUUUCAGUGAGCUACGCGGUCCUUACAGACAUUUGUGAUCCCGGAUGGAGCUACUACAACGGCUUCUGUUACUUCACAAGUGAUACCUGUGAAGAUUGGACCACAGCAGUAACAAACUGUAGACAAGAAAACUCAGUCCUUGUUGAUGUCAAGAACAAUGAAGAAAAUGUCUACAUACAACACCGCCACAAUGGAGAGAGAUCCUGGCUGGGUUUGAAUGACAGAUCAACAGAGGGCAACUUUACUUGGACGGAUCGAGGACAUGUAAACUUUACAGCCUGGGCCAAAACUCAACCAAAUAAUUUUAAAAAAGAAGAUUGUGUACUCGCACUUGGUGUGAAACACAACUAUGAAUGGAAUGACGUGCAGUGUAGUGAUUGUAAUCAGUUUACUUGCAAAAAAGAUCUAAACGAAUGCCAGAAUGACCUAAAUUACUGUCACAAGGUAGCCACGUGUACAAAUGAGCGCGGUUCAUACAACUGUGAGUGUAGGGCUGGUUACCCUGGAGAUGGCUUUGAUUGUUUAACCAGCUCUGCAGGUUUGGGUCAAUCAGUGAUUCUGGCAGACGAUGGCAAUUACCUGAAAGCCCUGGCAAACUGGUUAAAGCCUGUUGUGCUUAGCCAGUCUUCCUACUGGAAAAAUUGUUGGCGAGCAUCAUUACAUGGUUGGGCUGCCUAUACCUUCCACUCAUUGUGUGAUAACAAAGGACCAACAGUGACCAUUAUCCGUGUUGGAAAAUACAUCUUUGGUGGAUACACCAGCAAAUCAUGGAUUUCCAAAUGUAUAUCGCAACUCAGUUCAAGCGCCUUUUUGUUCUCAUUGGUGAACAAGCCAGGCUGGGGACCAGUGAAACUGCCUCAAACAGGAAAGUAUAGUUAUCACUCAGGAGGGUAUAGAUAUCACACCUACUCCACAUACAGUUGUGCUGGCAAUGGACCCUCAUUUGGUGGUGGAUAUGAUAUUUAUAUUUCCCCCUAUGCCUCAUCCAAUAACAGUUCUGGCUCAAACCUUGGUUACACCUACAGUCCACCAUAUGGCCACAGUUAUGGCAGCUCCUUUGCCCAAUCAUUCCUGGCAGGAAGUCGCUAUUUUCAACCCGACGAGGUUGAAGUUUUCUAUGAAACUACUUAAAAAAACAAACAAACUAAAGUAAUGAUGGUAUUCAACCACCAGACGAUCGAUAAGGACGUUUCUGUCAGGGUUAUCACCCACAGACAAAGCUCUCACAUUUUCAUUAAGUAAGAUCACUAAACCGUCCAUUUAUUCGGAUAUGAUCAUUUUUAGUCGCUAUAUAGAGUACUUUAAUUGAUCAAAGUGAUACCACAGUGAAGUCAUGAAUGAACUGUGUAAAAUGUGACUUUAAAAAGUGUUUUUACUUAACUGUCAAUCAUCCUGUGAUUCCAGGAAACAUAAUUAAGUCAACAUCCCCACAAGAGCCCGCUUCAAUUGAUCUGUGAUGCAUGCUGUCCCCAGACUCCUAUGGCAGUGCUUAUAGUACAAAAUUUGCAUAUCCUAUCCCCACAUUAGUUGUUCCCAUGCUUUGCAUAUCCCCGACUUAAAAGAGUCUGUCAGUUUGCGUGUUCUUUGUUAUUAGAGGUAUACUGGAGCCGUAUGGUCGAGUAAUA